AUUGAAUUCCUGGCAUGGAUAUGCUCCCUUGUUUUUUAUUCCUCUUGAUCUUGUGUGUUUGUUGAGCAAGAACAUUCACUCAUGUGAGGUACAAACCCUAGGCCCUGUUGUCAAGUUGGUUGCAUUGCGUCCAUGAAAGUCUGCAAGUAAUUCAUAUGUCUGAAGGGAACUUUUCACUCAUGGACUGAGCGUGAACAUGAAUCGACCAAACAAUGCCCGACGACGGCAAUUUCCAGCGCGAGCUGGACUUCCGCCUACAGAAAUCUUCGCACUAGGUUCUAAAUCAGAGGAGAGCAGUGUUGCUCCACCACCCCCAUCAGCUGCAAUCCAGCGUGAAGAUGGACCACCAGCCAAGCGCCGCAUUGCGCCUCCAUCGGCUGGCAUGAUACCGAUUGCGAGUUCUACUACGCCAUCGAGUUCGAAUGAAAGCAUCCUAUUCUCUGUACCGCAACGGCAGGUCACAGCUCCUGGGCAUUUGCAAACGGCGUCCAAUUUGCCUGUCAUUGAAGUUCCUCCAGCUGAGUUUGCCGAGAAAAUCCAAGAAGUACUGGCUUGUAAUGACAUUCCUAAAGUGGAAGGUAUAAUUUGUGGCACUCUGAAACAGCUAAAGGAGAACCGUACCAGUAAACCGCACAGCGGAGUUCUGUUGUGCCUCAUGAACUUGGCGAAAAGCCAUCAGAAGCUGUUCACCACAACACGAAUGAUCCAGGCUUUGGCAGAGGUAUUGCGCCAUGAUCCCUCCGCUGUCCGUGGUGUGAAAGCCAACCCAAGUCCAGCUGCCACCGUCUGCUCAAUUCUCAUGUUUUCUUUCGAAGAUGACCGGAACUGGCCCGAUUCAUUGGUUCAUGCAUUCAUCGAGGACUCUCUCCACGAACGAACAUGGGUAGACCGUGACUGCUGCCGCAAAUUCGUUGAGAAUCUUGUGACUGCAUUUGGAACGGUUAUGCCCAGUCAGCAGCAGCUGAACGAUUUAGGGUUUGGUUCAUCUCGGCCACAGCUAACACCUGCGCACAGUACAACCGAUAUUUCUGAGGGAAAUACAGAGACGGGAAGCUCUCGACCAGCAACUCCAUCUGCUGGUGAAGGCUCAGGGACAGACACAAACUCCAUCAAGGUAGUGUCAAGGUAUCACAGCCCAAACUCGUUGGCUUCGUUUCGGCAGACUGUGAUGCAUCAUGUCGGUGAAAUCCUGGCACGACGUCCCAACCAGCCUAUUGACAAUGUCUCGCGCAACUCGCUGCGCUUCUUGACUUCUGUGGCUGGCUUGGCAUCUGUCAGACAGCAGGUUGUACCCCGAUUGGAACAGUGGAUGCAGAACACCAAGUUUCAACGCCAUGCCCAUGAACUGCUGCUCACCGUUUGCAUGAACACUGGUGGCUCUGGCCAUGAGGAGAAUGACAUCAUCAACAAACUUGUCCAAAUUAGGCUGAAACACAAGCAGUAUUCGGAGAAAUACGUGACCUCUAUGAAGGAGCUGCUUACAACCAAGCAUCCUGAAAACCCUCCGACUCUGAUCAAUUGCAUUAUCUUCAAUGAACUGGCGUCUCAGCGUAAUCCCAACAACAUGGCCAUGCUCAACAUAACCUUCCAGCACGAUCCCGUCAAUGCACCCAAAGCACUGGCGUUCACUUUUCAGAACUUGCUACUUCGCGAUGACUAUUGUCGUGCAUUGCGAUCUUUGCUCCGUGAGAUAGUAAAGCAGAUGCGGGGCGAGAUUGAUCUUGGUGCGUUUGCCAUGGGUCUUCAUAUUCAGCGACAAGAGAUUAUUGACCACCCCGAGCUUCACAUCAGGGAGCGCAUUGUUCACUCACUGGUUGACCUGACAUGUCUAGCAUGUCUACUAGCUGUGCAACCAUGUCUCAGAGAUAAUAGUGCUCCUGUUGUGCAGAAGUGUCAACACAUGAUCUCACGUGCCAUCCGCGAUGCAAUGCACUGGGUGCACAAGGUUAUGCCUCAUCUCACUAAGCUGACUGCUGAUGACUUGAAGAAACGGAUUCGCAAGCUGCUGUUUAUGGAGAAUCCAGAAUUGUACACGGUUGAAGGUUGGCCGUCGGAGGUGGAAAGAAAUGGCAUGCUGCACUUCAUCACCAAUGCUCCACUGCGAGAGGAAACCCUUAUCACUCUUCUCGUGAUCGGCCUGUCCGACCUGCCUUUCUCACCACAAGAUGCAUUAGAGUAUGGCGAUCGUCUGGUACAACGUGCUGCUAAUGUACACACUACUGCCCAUCCCACUUUACAUGGUAUCGACAAUGCGGAGACGAUAUUCAGGAUUGUCAUGAAGUGUGCAUUGUACCGCGCUCCCGCCAACAUUAUUUUGCCGGAAGGCUGUGUUCCUCCUCGUCUUGCAAUCUCCCAACUGUACUGGAAAGGAUGCGUCUUGCUCCUCACCCUGGCAGUUUACAAUCCCAAAACUGUUGGUAUUUACGCAUGGAAAGGUUACCCAGUACUACAUUGCCUGAUGGAAAUGGUUAUGACCAACACCUUUGUGUAUCCUCCAAGCAUUGGUCCAGGACAGACCAGAGAAGAAAUCAUUGCUAGAGACCACCAAAAACGGCAGCUUGAAAUUGAAGAGAUCCUGGCAUACGAGAACCAUCUAUCACAGGCGUGCAACAGGCCGCCGGUCACCGAAGUCAAAAGUUUGCUCGUGAACACAGUCAUCCACUGCGACGAGUCUGGUGGGCCUGCAAGGCGUCCUCAGAAGGAUAUCAUUGAGCGGCUCCGAGCGUCCUCAAAGCGCCUGAAGUUGGGCGACCGACUGUGCAGGAGCCGCGAUCCUGAUUUUCUAUUGGAUGUCAUUAAUGCACAGGGCGCCUCUCAAUCCAUGUCGUGGUUAUCUGAACUAGUUGCCAAUAGUGAAGGUUCUGGCUCCGUUGACCUGUUACCUACUCCAUGCCUUUGUGAAUUCCUGAUGGCGCACUCUGAAGCUGAGUUAGAUGCGAAUGCCUGGGCACCAGUCGCGCUCAAGGACCAUAUGCAGCAUGUCUUGAAAGUGAAACGUGAUGAACUGGAGGCACGCAUCAGAGGCUUGCUCUGUGGUGAGGACUGUACGCUGAAAGGAACUGUCGAAGUACUAGAUUACUUCUUCAAAAAGCUCUCCUCUGAUGGCGCCAGGUCCCGGCGUUUGAGCUUGAAGUGCUUAUCGUCUGUUCUAACAAACACUGGUUCACAGCGUAUGCUGAGUGCCACAACUCCCAUGGACGUUGUAGAGACGCCAGUGCCCAAGGACGACGACGCGUUUGAUGUCGAGCUGCUCCUGGAGGAGAGCUUGGCCAGUACCAAGCGUUCUCCAGGCGCUGCUAUCGGCAUCUCAUCCCUACCCGUUGAGGAUAUCGUGCUGUCUGCCUCGCUGAAGGAUGAGUUUGGCUGGCUGCUAGUUGAUUUGCCUCGCCUGAAGCACUUCAAGUCCGCUGUCCUUCCUUGCACUAUUUCAUCUUUGAGAGCCGCAUGUAUGUCGGAGUCCGACCCAUCUGUUAUCCGCGCCUUCAUCUGCUUUUUAGCCGAGCACACACCCAAAAGUGAUGUAGCAUCUGUGGCCAAGGAUUUUGCAGACAUGGUCGUGAAGCGUCCCAAUGUAUGUGACCAGGUCCUUGGCACGUCUAGCUGCAGCAUGACCAGAACUUCAUCAGGUGAUGAGGAGACAUGUUCAGUCGUGCUGACUGCUCUGCUCAAGCUGUUCAGCCGUGCUAUCCAGCUGGCAAGCCAGGAAAAGGAGGUGCUCGCGGCCUGGGACAAGGAUGCUACACAGCUCGUGCAAUUUCCCACCGGUGAAAUGGUGGCGUUGCACGUAUUCAUUGUCCAUGCUGUCAUCGGUCUGCUUUGUAAAAUGCCUUCACUGGAUAAUCCGUUGUACGAGGCUGUGCUCGACCUGUGGUUCCCAGAGUCCGGUGCCCUGACUACCGCUUACCUGUUGGAUAGCCACGACGAGGCUGUCAUGUUCUCUGGCACGCUCCGGCCCAAGAUAGUCCUCUCCAGUAACCAGCGCUUGCUAGAUGCGGUUCUGCAUUCCUCCACUGUAACUCAGCUAGUUCACGACCUGUACUUGUUUGGUGUUCCUCUGGUCAAUGCAAGUAAAAUCAUCCAGGCCUUAGAGAAGGAGCUGGCCCGUGACCAACAGUCCCUGGACAGUCCCGAGGUUGACAAGGCUUACCUGUGCCGAGUGCUGCGUGUUCUGAAGCGGCGUGGUGUUCAAGGUGGCCAGGAGAUUUUACAAAUGCUGGAUGGAUACGAAGUGGCCAACACAGGUUCUUCUGCAAGGCAUUGUGGGCUGAAGCCGGUGGUGGUCAAGGAAGAAGCAGAGGAGGAAAAGAUGGAUGUAUCACCAGCAGCCCGGCUACCUCACAUUGAUAUACCCAAGUCUAUUGAAAAGUGGCAUCACUUUGUAAGAAAGCUGUUCAUCGAGGUUGAUCUCUCGCACGCGCGCCCGCUUGUGAACACAAUGGCAAAGGUCUUGCAGGCGUCACUGAGUGCUGCUCAGCAGGCAUGCACCAGGAAGAGUGGCGUGAAGCGAGAAAUUGUCCACGGUGAAGUCAUGGAUGGUGGUGAUAUGGUGUGUGCCGCUUUCUCUCGAAUCCUCAAUUCCGACGAAUCUGAAGUGUUUGCCACGGCUCUGUCCGAGCGUUCCAGUGCGUCAUGCCGUAUCCUACAGCUCCUCUCUGCAAGACAGGCUAUUUUGACUCAGCAAGGCAAACCGUCAUCACACUUUGUCCAUCUACUGGAAGCACUGGUUGGUUUUGGACGGCAUAUGCAAGGCGGUGCAUUUGCUCACUCGUUGGCCUUGGCAGCUAAGAAGUAUGGCAGGUCUCUACAGCCCAUUGCUGACACAAAGGCUGAGCUGGAAGCAGCUCUUGGUGAGCUCGUACCUAAGUGCUUUACUCGCAUCAAGAAAGAGGUUGGUGUGCGGCCGCCUUCUUACACCUGUAUAUCUGAGCAGGUGCUCAGUGACUUUGUUGUGCAGCGUGCUGUAAAGGCCGUGCGUGCAGCCAAGGACGCUGGUACGGAAGUUGAUGAGAAGUUGCUUCGUACAGCUCUGGAAGAACUCUGCCACUGUUGCUCCAUGCACCUGGAGCGAGUUGUGGAUGUGAUCUUCUCACCGUCGCCAACGACCGGCAAGCUGCUACUUGUCUCUUGUCCUUGUCCUGCUACUGCCAGUAGUGGUAUGCCAAGCAACCAUGCUACUAGUACUAUUCACAAUGGCCGUAACGGUCAUGGGACCAUCACCACCGUCACCGCUGCUGCUGCUGCUGUGCCUGCUUCUUCCGCCAUGUCCAACCUGGUACACCUAGCCUGCUCCAUACUCAGCAACAUUGAUGCAGGCGUGGCGGUCGGUGAGAGAAGUCCUCGCCUCUCAGUCAAUGUCAAGGAGGACGGGGAAUCCGAGCAGGGCAACUCCCCCACUUCACCGCAAGACAUUCCGAAGAAAUCCCCCGGUGGCUAUGCUCGGCUAGGUGGUCUUCUUAUUGACCGUCUGCAGCUUCUCGAUCCAGAAUUGACACAGAUUGCUGCCGGUGCUCAGCGGCGACUGCUCUUCUCACGGUCAUCAGGUCAGUCUCGCUCCCUUCUGGACUGUACUACUAGUUCACCAAGCGACACAGCAAUGGAUAUGGAUGAUCGUGCUGCUGCUAGUGUGUUUGCUGCAGCUUCUAAAGGCGAUGCUUCAUGUCAGGAGUCUACAGAGUUACCGUCCAAUUUCCGACAGUCACUGCUUGUCUCUCUACUGGCUCACCAGUCUUCAUGGUCCAGUCUAGCUCAGAAGAUGCACUGGCUCUUUGACGAUCAGCACGUCAAUAGGAAAGACACUGAUGCCAGUGUGACUCUGGACUUCAUCGAUGCUUGUUUGAACUUGCCGCGCUUACGCCAGGGACGUGUUCGUAAGGACUAUGCCAUGGGAGCGGAGAGCAGAGGGGUUGGAGAAGACCGGCUAUUCCUCCAUCUCUCCACAGAACAUGUCAGAGCUCUGGUGAAGCUAGUGCUGAAGGAGUGCCAAGAUAUGGCUCCCUCUCCUAGUGACACCGGCGUUAGGCGGGAUGCUUUGCAGGAUUGUCCAAGGCUGACACGUCGAGUGCAGUCGCGCGUCACAACACUGCUAGCGGCCAGUGAUUCGUCCGAGGCUCAUCUGGCAGUCACUGUGAGAGCAUUGCUGGACAGUCGAGACAGUGCUGGUCUGUUUGUGCUGGUUCAUCUGUACAUGACACGUCCAUCUAUUCUGGAGCAUGUCGACAUUGCUAUGCGCCCAAGCCUGUUCAGCUGUACACUACAGCUAACGGAUACAGAGUGUGUGUGGGAUUCGUCUAUUCAGAGCUUCAUCGGUAGCAUGUCACAGCCAAGCAUUGAGGAGACCAGCUCUGCCGAGCAAAAUGCAGACUCCUAUCUGAAAUGUCGAUUCCUGGCGGGUGUUCACCCCACGCUUUUCUUACGGCAUCUUGGAGUGCUGAGUUCCACACUGCUUGGCCGGACACACUUGUCAUUUCAAGUCUUCCAAGGUCGGCAGCACCAUAUCGUCUUUACAUACGUCCUGUCAUUGCUAGACUCUGCUCGUCCGUAUGUCUUUCACUCGUCGCUACGCGAUCACCUGCUCUCCAUCGUUGUUGCUUUCACAGACAUGUUACAACAAUACUGUUUGUGCGGCAAAGCAUUGGGCAGCUUAGCUGAUCGCAUUGGCCAAUUCCUGCUUCUCUACUUGAAGGAGAGUGGAGAGGUAGCGCUGACGUUUCUCAAGUCCAAACUCUCACUGUGGAAGGAUCUGACGCAAGUGCAUAAGACAUCAGAGUCCCUUAGAGAACUAGAGCGGGCACUUUCUUCGCUGGCCGAAUGCGCAUCUACUAUUGGACAGGCCCAGGCAGAGCAGUCAUCGGCAUCGGGUGGCGUACCACAUUUGAAUGGAGUGCACACAGGCAUCGAAAGCACUUUAUCGUCGUUGGAUGACGUUGUUCAGGUAACACACAGCAGGGACAACGGUAGCAGUGCUGGCUCUGCUACUGCUGAUGACGCGGGCAUCAGUGCAGAAAAGCUAGCCCCUUUCUUGCACAGCUUGGAGCCUGGCGAGGCAUCUGAUGGUCUCUACUGUGCGCUGGUGGAGUUAGAUGAUGCGUCCAUGCGCUGUCCAGCUAUCCUGGAGCACUGCUUGUCUCACCUGGAAUUGCUGUUGACUCACUCGCCAUGCCAAGCCACUCUGCUGGCUAUCAAGCUCUUGAUCCGCUACAUCAGGAACAAUCCAAAGAGCACGGACCGAUUUAUUCCGGCUUUCUUAGUGUGCUUGCAAUCGAAUAGCCGUGCAGUGGUCAAUGCCAUCAUUGCUGCAAUACCCGAGUUGGUCAUCUUUUCCAGCAAGUUUUCUCGUCGGUUGCUAACAGAAUCUUACGAAGCCUCCGUAAAGCAUUCUCUUGAAUCUUCCAAUGCACUGCUAGUGCGUGGCCUCAAACUCUGUGUGCUGUGUUAGAUGCUUCAUGUGUGUUUUUGAAUAUCUUUUUUUUUAAGUUUGUGCAUGUGUGUGCGUGUGUGUGCGUGUGUGUGCGUGUGUGUAUGUGUGUGUUUGUUAUGUAGCCACAUUGGUGACUGACGUGUGUCUAGUUUCUUCCUAAGCACUGGUUGCAUGCUAUGAGUACUGUGUUGAUACCACUGUAUCCGCAACACACUACAUUCUUCCGCUUUCUCUCCUGCUCUGCUAUGCUGAUAUUCAUUACCUUAUGAACAUUUUAAAUUUAAAUUAAUUUUGUAAUAGAAACAAUCGGUUGUCUAGCCUGUAUCACGUGCAUCAGUGAUCGAUGUGCUGUCUUGCGUGCAUCAGUGAUCGAUGUGCUGUCUUUUCGCUCAUGCAUGCUUGUAUAAUCCUGCGUCUUCCUCUCUGGUAUCAGCCCUUGAUACCCACUUAGUGUCUGUAUUUUAAAGGGUAUUCCAUAUUUCAACACAAUAGCCAAACUUAUGUCAUUAGUUUGGCACUGCCUGUGAGCUGUCUGCUUUGGCUGGUACCCCACACAAAGCAACACUCUACAGUACUUGUAACGUCCCCUACAACUUACAAAAUAACAUCUUUACACUUGA